AUGGCCCAAUUCACCACCAGAAUCACCAAAGCUAAACACCCCAUCAGCCUAUUGGGAGUCACGCAGAAACAAGACGAGUCCACAAGAAAAUACCUCGACCGCUUUAACGACGAAUGCUUAACGGUCGACGGACUCACGGAUUUAGUCGCAAGUCUUUGCCUAACCAACGGACUCAUGAAUGAAGAUUUUCGCAAAUACCUCACUACCAAACUGGUAUGGACCAUGCACGAGAUCCAGAGCGUCGCCAAGGAAUACAUAAACGAUGAAGAGGUAAGCCAAGUCAGAGCCGCCAAUAAACGGCAACACGGCAACACCCAACACGGCAACGCAGCACCUUGGCAUAACCCCCCACCUAGAGAAAAUCAAAAGGACCAUCCCAAAUCAGCAAACAUAAACCGACCUCCCAAAAUCGGAAAAUUAUCCAACUACACACCCCUGACGGCCCCGAUCACCGAGAUAUACCACCAAAUAGCAGACCGAGGUAUCAUCCUGAAAGCCCGACAACUCAAAGAAAGGACCGGCGGCAACAAAACCCUAUAUUGUGACUACCACCGAGGUUACGAGCAUAGGACACAAGACUGUUUUGACCUAAAGGACGCUCUCGAACAAGCAAUAAGAGACGGCAAGCUCCCCGAGUUCGCCAAAAUCAUCAAAGAACCGAAACGCGCCGAAAGAGACAGUCACCAGAAAGAGAAGGACGCAACCUAA